UUACCUGGCCUACAACCACCUGUCAUCAUAAUCUGACGUGAAUCUUCACGUGAUGGCAGAGUCACUUCAUCCACAACAUGAUGAAGCUGCAGAUUUAAGCAGCGGAGUCACAGGAAUUUCUACGGAGGACAAAACUGGUAGAUGGAACUUGACAGCUGCAGCUGAUAAAGGAAAUACUGUGUGUCACUCUGAUUUGUCUGAUGGGAAGCCAAAGAAAUUGCAGUGUUCCUUUAAGAAUGCUUUUUCUGUUUCCUGUGAUCCGAAUCUCUUGGGUUUGUUAAGGCCACCCCGUAAAAUGGAGUCUUGCCAACAUUGUGGUCUCUUUGGAGCCCUCAGAUGUUCACAAUGUGUGCAAGCAUACUACUGCUCUGCAGAUUGUCAGAAAAAAGAUUGGCCGAGACACAGAGUUGUUUGUCGUCCUGUUAAUCAGAGAUUACCUGCUAAAACCAAGGAUGGCAUUUAUUUUCAGGAGGAAAUGAUGUUGAGUUUUGCUGUGGAUGUUGUUCUUGCACAUUCUGGAGAAUGCCUAAAUAAGGUACCUUCAGAAGUGAGGUCUCAUGUAAUUCCAGGAUAUGUUGCCAAAGGUGGAGACUCUCCGAGAGUGUCCGAAAACCAUUCAAAGCAAAGUGGAAGGAUAAUACCUGAAGAUGAAGACUCUCUUUACUAUACUAAUUUGUUUACAAAGUUUGUCUCCUUAAGUAUUGGAGAUGAAUUUUCUGGUGUAGUUUGCCAUGUUGAAAAUCCAGGAACCUUCUUCUGUCAGCAGAUGUGCAGUGCCCGUCAACUGUCUGAGCUUGAAGUGUCUCUUAAUAAGUACUGUGACAAAUUUCCCAGUAGUCCAUUGUUCCGUCCUGCUGCUGGAAGUGUGUGCUGUGCCCAGUUCACAGAGGACAAUCUUUGGUAUCGUGCUGCUGUGACAGCAUAUGCUUCUGAGGACACUGUGUUGGUGGACUACACAGAUUAUGGCAAUUCUGACUCUGUUCCACUGACAAGACUUCGUCCCCUGAUUCCAGGCUUCAUGGAGUUACCAGCUCAGGCCAUAAGAUGUACCUUGGCAGGUGUAAAGCCACUGUUGGGAACCUGGACCUCUGUAGCUAUUUCUUUUAUGAAACAAUGGGUGAAAGAUAAAGUGUUCACAGUAAAAGUAGUGGAUAAAGAGAGUUCUGCAUCUGUGGUGGAGCUUGUAGAUGCAUCAGUUACUCCAGUAAUCAAUAUAUCAAGCCUUCUCAUAGAGAAAGGCUGUGCAGCUGAGUCAAGGAUAGCCUCACCAGCAACUGGAAUGAGUGAUGCUGUGCAAGCAAAUGAGGACACAACGAGAGAAAAGAUGUGCAAGUGGAUUAAAUUAACUCCUAAACAAACAGUCAAUGUCAUAGUGUCUGCAGUGUACACUCCUGGGGAGUUCUACUGUCAGAUUUCAGAUACCCAAGAGUUACUUGCUCUGACCUCACUUAACAAAUCAUUGUCUGAAUACUGUCAGAAAACUCCACCAGAUGUUUUUGAGCCUGCGAAUGGAGAACCUUGCUGUGCUUUUUUCUCUGGGGAUGGCACCUGGUACCGUGCUGUGGUGCGAAGUGUCACUACAAAUGGGACUGUUCAAGUGAGCUUUGUGGACUAUGGAAACGUUGAGGAAGUCCCACUGGAUAAAAUGCGGCAGAUCUCGUCCUCAUUCCUGAAACUUCCAUUUCAGGCCAUUAAAUGCUGGCUCUCAGGUAUAAAGCCUGAUAAACACGAAUGGACUCCAGAAGACACAAAAAGAUUUCAUCGGUACACUUCAGGGUUAGGGCUUCAAGCCAGAGUAAUUUCCCUUUCCAAAGAUGGGGCAGGUGUCGUGCUCAUUGACAAUUCCACAGGUUAUCCAAAAGUGAUCAAUGAGUUAUUAACUUCUGAAAAUUUGGCUGUAAAGGAAGUUCUACAAGAUAACCAUCCAAACAAGCCUGUUGACCAAAAAGAAACCUCAUUUGGGCACUGGAAGUCAAUUGAAUUGGCUGUAGAUGAAACCAUAUCUGUCCGUGUAACUGAAGUUGUAAGCCCAGACUUGUUCUAUGCUGUACCAGUUAAAACUGAAGAUCAAGAGAAGCUACGCAGACAGCUGGUUAAACUAGAAAGCUAUUGUAAAUCUUGCCACAAACAGCCCUUCCAACCCAAAGUGGGUGAAGCCUGUUGUGCCCAAUUUUCAGGCAAUGGUUCCUGGUGCAGAGCUGUUGUUCUGGAAGCUUCUCAGUCUGCAGUGAAAGUACUGUAUGCAGAUUAUGGGAACACAGAAACUUUACCACUUUCAAGGGUGCUGCCAAUCACUGAUGCCGAUUUAGAGCUGCCUUUUCAGACAAUUACAUGUUCACUUGCAGGAGUAGAGAAGGCUGAGUGGUCUCCAUUGGCACUUGGCAAGUUGACAGAAAUAUUAUUGAAUGAACACUUCAUCAUUACAGUGAAAGGGAUUAAUGGAAAUGUGAAUUUAGUAAUCCUGGAGAAACACUGUGAAAAUGGUGUUCUGAAUGUAGCUGAUCAGCUUCUAAAGGAAGGUUUGGUCAAACCCUGCAGUGAUGAAAACUUGCAGAGUGAACAUCAAGGCAGCAGAGGUGAAGGCAAAUGCUGCUGCACAGAAUUAAAAGUGCAGGUAAGAUUCAGUCCAAGCAAUGCUUUCUCUCUUUUGUUUCCAGAACUUAAUAGAAAUCCAAUGUGGGAUGCAAAUAGGAGUAGGGAGUUAAUAGCCAACUCAAACAUGGAAGACAUACACAGGCAAAGUCUCAAAAAGCAUGAACAGAUCCUGCGCUUCCUUUUAAACCAGUAUGGGAAUCCAGAUGGAUUCACUGAAAUGAACAAUCUGUUGACCCACUAA